CACCCCGCCAUGGGGUCACUGAUGUGUCUCCCUGGUUUCACGGACGGCGUUAUCCCACAGACCCCCCCAAUUCCGGCCCCAAAGGGACCGUGGGGACACAUCCAGGACAGGCACAAGGGGGUGACAUCCCCUCGGUGUCCCCCUCCCACCCUGGUCCCUUCUGCCGGGUUUAGGAUGGCGGGGCAGGGUCCUGUUCCCUCGUCCUGCGACUGCUUCGUGGCCCUGCCCCCCCACACCGCGUCCCCCGCCGUCAUCUUCGCCAAGAACGCCGACCGCCCGCGCCACGAGGUCCAGGAGGUCGUCUAUGUCCCCGCUGCCACCCACCAGCCCGGGGACAAAGUCCAGUGCACGUACCUGGAGGUGGAGCAGGCAGAGCACACCCACGCCGUGGUGCUGAGCCGCCCUGCCUGGCUCUGGGGCGCCGAGAUGGGCGCCAACGAGCACGGCGUGUGCGUGGGCAACGAGGGCGUGUGGACACGCGAGCCCCUGGGCGAGGACGAGGCACUGCUGGGCAUGGACCUGGUGAGGCUGGGUCUGGAGCGGGGCAGCUCGGCCCGGGAGGCCCUGGAGGUGAUGACGGCGCUGCUGGAGCGUUAUGGGCAGGGCGGGAGCUGCAAGGAGGAGCCGGUGCCCUUCGUGUACCACAACACCUUCCUGCUGGCUGACCGCACCGAGGCCUGGGUGCUGGAGACUGCCGGGCGCUACUGGGCGGCCCAGCGGAUCACCGAGGGAAGCCGCAACAUCUCCAACCAGCUGAGCAUCGGCAGCGAGAUCACGGCGGAGCACGCGGGGCUGCGGCAGCGGGCGCAGAGCCAGGGCUGGUGGAGCGGGCACGGCGAGUUCAGCUUCGCCCAGGUUUUCUCCCUGGAGCAGCAGCCCCCGCGCAUGGAGGCUGCCAAGGCCCGAUUUCGAGCGGGGAGGGAGCUACUGAGGCAGCACGCAGGUCACAUCACGGCGGAGACGCUGAUGUCCAUCCUGCGGGACAAGGGCAGCGGGAUCUGCGUGGACUCGGAGGGGUUCCGCACGGCGGGCAGCAUGGUGUCCGUGCUGCCCCGCGACCCCGCCCUGCCCUGCGUGCACUUCUUCACCGCCACCCCCGACCCCUCCAGGUCCGUCUUCAAGCCCUUCGUGUUCGUGGCCGGCAUCAAGCCCGUGCCGCAGGUGAGGUCCCCGACCUUCCCCCAGGACCCUGCCAAGCUGAUCCCGCGGUUCCAGAGCUCGGUGGAUCGGCGGCACGAGCUGUACCGCCGGCACCAGGCAGCCCUGGAGCUCAUGGAGCAGGACCAGGAGUGGGGCCAGAAGCUCCUGGAGACGCUGCAGGAGCUGGAGAAGCAGGGCCUGGAGGGGAUGAAGGCGCUGCUGGAGGGGACAGAGACCCCCCACCCAGAGGAACUGGCUGACCUCUUCUUUGACUGCGUGGAGGCAGAGCUGAAGUUUUACACAUAAACCCCACACAGUCUCCUUGUCCAGAGCUUUGCUCUGGGACUGGACGCCACCAGGAGCUCGCUGGGACCCGCUGGAUCCCAGGAGGGGUGUCCCUGGCUGGGCCUGGGGCCGGGGGUGGCCCUGCAGGGGCUGUGGGGCCGUGGGGCUGGGGCCUCCAUCCCGACCCGGGCUCAGCAGCAGAUCCCGGCGUUCCUGCAGCUCCUCCAUCCGCGCCCGGUGCUCCUCCAGCACCUCCCUCCGCCUCCGCUGGGAGCGCCCGGCCAGCUCCCGGCGCAGAUCCGAGAAGAAACCUGCCAGGGAUGCGAGGAGGGAGGAGGAUCAGGGGGAUGUGGCACUGCCAGCCCUGUCCCCAGGAGUGCCACGUGUCCCCUUCCGCCCCCUGGGCACCUUUGUCCACUGUGAAAGGGCCGCUGGGCCUGGGGAGCAGCUCAUCAUCCUCAUCCUGGCCACGGGAAGAGCCUCCUCCCUCCUCUUCCUUGCCACGGAGGGGCUGGGCAUCCAGCUGCAGGAGGUGGGGCAGCGCUCCCAACACCAGCUCCCUGGAAAAAAUGAGGGAAGAGCCAAUGUCCCCGCCCCUGGCACCGUGUCCCCCCUGCACAGCCCACCCCCAGCCUGGGCACAGGGCAGGGAUUCACAUCCCUGGGCUUGGGUGUUUGUAUUUGAUGUCUCAUGGAAUUGUUUGGGUUGGAAGGCAUCCCAAAGACCACCCAGUGCCACCCCCUGCCACGGGCAGGGACACCUUCCACUAGCCCAGGUUGCUCCAAGCCCCAGUCCAACCUGGCCUUGGGCACUUCCAGGGCUGGGACAGCCACAGCUUCUCUGGAAAAUCCAUCCCAGCACCUCCCCACCCUCCCAGGGAAGAAUUCCUUCCCAACAUCCCAUCUAUCCCCCUGGCAGUCGGAAGCCAUUCCCCUUGUCCUGGCACUCCAGGCCCUUGUCCAGAGUCUCUGUCCAUCUUUAGGCACUGGGAGGCCACAAUUGGGUCACCCCAAAGCUUCUCCUGGUCUGGGGGGGCUGUACCCUGCCGAGAGGCUCCUGUGGUUUUUUGGGAGGGGUUUGUUCCUCCCCCUGACCCACCUGUAUCCGUGCUGGCGGGUGCACUCGUUCCCCGUUAAAUCCAGGAUUUGGAGGCCCCGGGGCAGCUCCUCUGCCAGGACAAAAGGAAGCACAGAGGUGCUGAGGUGGGACCUGAGCCCCCACCCCCCACCCCCAGCCAAAUUCCUGCUCCCCCAAACUCCCACAGCUCUUCACCCACUCCCAAGGCGACUCCCAGAGCAGCCCUGACACCUCAGAGCCGGGAAAACUGAGGCAGGGAAUGUGGGAAUGGGUAUUCCACUCACUCACACACACACUGGCAGCCCCCAGCAUCCCUUCCUGCUUCCCACCUGUGUCCAGCACCUGGAUGUGGUUGUGGGACAGGUCCAGGGCACGCAGGUGAGGCAGGGGCUGCAGGUUCUCCACCCUCUGGAUGCGGUUUCCAGCCAGGCAGAGGAACCUGGAGAGCACAGGCAGGGUGGGGGAUGUCACAGCUCCCAGGGGCUGGAAUUUGAGCCCCCUCCCUGGCCAAGGGAAGGUGGGAGCCCGUGGAAAGCCAUUUCCCUGGGAGCAGGAGCUGCUGUACCUCAGGUUGGGAAAACAGCCCAAAUUCUCGAUCCUCUCAAUUUUGUUCUGGAAAAUAAAAAUGGAAAAUAAAAUAGAAAAUAGGAAAAAAA